AGUGGUUACUUAGAUUUGGCUUGCCUGCGGCCCUCAGGCGGACAUGUUCCUCCCUUGGAGGACGGUGGUUCCUCCGCCAGUUUGAGCGCGACAGGCACUGGCACAAACCUUCCCCAUGACUUUACCGCGUAUUGGCCCGAUGCUGUUGGUGAUUGCAGCAGUGAUCAUGCAGGCGUCGGGGCAUGCUCAAUGCAAUGUGGAGUUUGCGGAGACCGGCACUUUGCUGCAGACUCGUUGGGCAGAGUCAAAGACUGGAAAGAUGAAGCAGGAGGUUCUGGAGGCUCCGGAAGUUCCAGAGGUUCCUAUCUCGAAUGCUACUGGCUACAUGUCGGAUGAUGACUUCGGAUCCGAGAUGAUCAUUUCCUGGGAUUUGGAUGAGAUUGGCAUGGCGAACUGGCCAACGUCCAAGCGAGGAAUCUUUCAUCGUGGCUUGUGGGCCACGGUUCACUGGGACAGACACCACCAGUUGCCGGAGGGCUGGGGCUUUUACCACGUGCUGAAGUCUGGCGAGCUCUUCGACUGGACCGCCUUGGGCCUUUGCUUUGUGGCGGCGCUGCUCCUGCGGUGGUUCUGGCUCUGGCAGGACUGUGAUGAGAAGAAGUUUUCGUCACACGUGCUUUCAAUGUGCGCUUGGCUGCUGGUUGCCGGCUGUAUGGCCUUGGCGAUGUUCCUCCGCUUUGGCAAGGCAGAUGGUGUGGACUGGAUCGCUGGGUACUUCUUUGAGCUGUUUUUCAUGCUUGAAAAUGUCUUCGUCUUUCGAUCUGUGAUUACUUCACUCAGCUUGCCGUCGCGAACGGUGUCGCGGGUGCUGGAAGGAGUGGUGUGGGCGCAGAUUAUGUUUGAAGCUGUAUUCUUCUUGGGCUUGGCUCACAAGCUGCGGUCCGUGCACUUCUUGCCUCACUUGCUGGGGCUGGGCCUGGCCUGCUUCGGUCUGUCAACCAUGCUGGAGACGGGCAAAUCGCAGACUCCCAUGGCGGCCGUGGCUUCUGUGUUGCAGAACGUGACUCCGCCAACAUCUGAGAGACAUGAUUUGGACGAGGGCUUCCUAACUUUCGAGGGCAAAAGGCUUCAACUGACCACCGCUGGUGUAGUGUUGAUAGCUUUGCUGCUGGUGGAUUUUCUAUGUGAGAUUGACACUGUACUGACAAAGAUAGAAGAAAUUCCGAACCCCUUCGUGGCUUUCAGCUCCUCGGCCUUGGCCGCUUUCUCUUUGCCCGAGCUGUUCUUGCUCAGCCAAGACUUGCUCUUCCGCUUCCCGCUGGUGAAGAGUGGCAUGGGCAUCAUCUUAUGUAUGCUCGGAGUCCAGCUCGUCCUGGCGAACAUCCUGGUGGUGCAGCCGCUGGUGACAUGCCUGCUGAUGAUGAUCGUGAUUCUGGUGUGCAUUGUGCUCUCCAUCCUUCGCGGGGUCACUCCACAGUCCCACUGUGCUGAAGCAGCGCUUGAAUCGUAGAAUGCUGAGGGCUUCCGCGUGUAAAUCGCGCAGGGCCAUAGGUAUUCCAGAAGCUGAAGAAUUAUGGGGGCAACCUUGCUUUCUUUUGUUUAGAAGUUCCAUCUUGAAAGCAGAGAUGGCCGUUUGCCUUUGAGGCUUGGCUGUUGAUGUCUCACCUACACAAUGAGCAGUUGUUUGAUGUUCAAGAUACGUGUUAAGAUGCGCCAAGUCCACAGACACAGCUUGUGAUGGUGCACGAAUGGAGCA